AAACUAUUUUAUAUGUGUAUGGAUGUGAUGUGACUUUUUAAUUAAUCUUUAGCUUUAGUUGUUGUAUUAAAACCACAGGUAUUCAUAUCACUACAUGCAAAAAUGCUUCAAAAGGUUUGUAAAUUCUGUCAUCAUUUACUCACCCUCACAUUGUUCCGACCUGCUUGUGACUUUCUUUCUUUUUCAGUGUUUAUUUUUGAACUAUUGUGGGUGGAUGCUUCUGUGUUCAGCUUUCGCUUUUGUCAAUGCGGCAAAUCACACUACAGCCUUAUUUGUCAAUCAUGGACAUUCUGCCAAAAUUAGCUGCAACUACAGACGAACAAAUGACACAGAAAUCAUGACAGUGAAGCUUCAAACAUUAAAUCAUACACUGUGUUCGUAUUUACAUGUGGAUUCAUGGAAAAAACAAGAUUGUAAAGAUCACAUAAGAUUGAUACUUAUUAAUAAGACUAUGGAAAUAUCAUUUGAGCUAUUAAAUCUGCGAAUUCAGGAUGCCGGCACAUACACCUGUACUGUGAAGAGGAUUGCAAAACCACCUGAAGAGGAUCUGGGAAUAGAAAGAGUUCAAGUUAUUGUACGUCCCAUCUUGUCCCUAUCCUGUGUGAAGAGCCCUGAUGGAUCUCCCAUGAUUCUGUGCUCUGUGGGAUUUUACCACAAUUCUCUUGAACAGCUGUGGAUCAGAGAUGGAGACGUCCUCAACAGUUCAUACUCAAACAAAUCAUUCAAUGGAUCCUUCAAUCAGAAAUCAUACCUUAUACUGCCGCCACAAACCUUCGCUGACACAAUCUACUCCUGCUGGGUAAACCACUCGUCAUUAAACAAACCACUUGUGGCCAAUUUAUCAAGCUCUGUCUGCUAUGAAAGAGGAGAUUUAACUGUGGCUCUGGCAGUGGCUUUUGUCAUCUCUGCAGUGUUGACUGUCUUUUUGAUCAUCGUAGUCGUGUAGAUGUUACAGUAAGUCUCAAAACAUGAAGAAGAAUGGAGAACGGUGUUCUGAUGACCUGUCUUGCUACCUUGAAGUACACAAGGUCACAGAAUGUGCUGUGAUCUUGUUUCUCAUCCAUCCUAUCACAAUUUAUGUAUAAGAGGUACAGGACCACACAAUGCACAAUAAAUAAAACAUAACAACA